GUGCGGGCUUCUGGGCGAGCCGCGCGGCGCGGGAGCACGCUGGCCGCCUGAGCUCGGCGCGGAGCCCGGGGCCCGGAGCCGCCGCCACCCGCCCCUGGGCGCGCCCCGCCAUGGAGCCCUCGCACAAAGACGCCGAGACGGCGGCGGCGGCGGCGGCGGCGGACCCCCGCGCGGCGUCCUCGUCCAGCGGGGUGGUGGUGCAGGUCCGCGAGAAGAAGGGCCCCCUGCGCGCCGCCAUCCCCUACAUGCCCUUCCCCGUGGCCGUCAUCUGCCUCUUCCUCAACACCUUCGUGCCGGGACUGGGGACGUUCGUCUCGGCCUUCGCCGUCCUCUGCGGAGCCCGCACCGACCUCCCGGACAGGCACGUGUGCUGCGUCUUCUGGCUGAACAUCGCGGCGGCCCUCAUCCAGACCCUCACGGCCAUCGUCAUGGUGGGCUGGAUCAUGAGCAUCUUCUGGGGCAUGGACAUGGUCAUCCUCGCCAGCUACAAGGAGCAGGGCAUCCCACAGCAGCUGUGAGCCCGAAGGAGCCGCCAAGAACUCCGGGGUGGUCCGUGAGGGCCGCACCAGGCAGCGGCGGGCACAAGGACCCUUACGUCUUCUCUUCUGCCGUGUCCUGGGUUUGGAGCGCCAAGUGGGGGCGAUUUAGAAAGAUAUUUAUUUCGAAAACACAUCUGCUUUUCUUGGCAGGCUGUGAGGCUGCCCACCCCUCCCCCUGCUCCAGAAAGACGCGGGAGCCCCGAGCAUCUCAAGCGGGGUAGGGAGUGGGGUCAGGGUUGCUGACAGUGAAGCUGGCAUCCUGGGCUCACCCCUGCCUCGCACGGCUCCCUGGGUCCCCCUAAGCGUCUCCUGGCCCUGCCUCUCCCUUCUGCAGCCCACGCUUCGCCCACUCCCUUCCUCACGCCUGAAAUCUCUGGGCCCGGUUGUGUUUCGAUCUUUGCUUCCCUGGAAGGAGGCCAGUGACCCCCACCCCCCCCAGACCAGAAUCCCCAACGAAGGCCAGAAGCUUUCUCGUUACACUUAACUCCGCUUCUGGCCCGCGGCCCUCCGGAAAUCCUCGGGGCUGGACGGGUCUCGGAAUUCCAAAAACCCGGAUCCGAGAAAGAACGAGAGACGUUUACCGCCCGUUUCCUGCUGCCCAGUCGGGACCAGCUCCCCGCCGUCAAGCACGGGACCGUUUCUGCGGAGAGACGUGUGAACAGUCGGGCCGAUUGGGAUCAAUAAAAACGCCAAAUAGCGUCA